AGUACAAUGCGAAGGGCAAUCGUGUUUGUGCAGUUGCUAUACAGUUACUAUACAGUUUCUAUACUUCUAUACACGACCAUGCGGCUGCCUGAGGUUGCGGCCGUGACCUAUCCAUUACCUCACUACCGCGCGAUUUUUCCUUCUCACCUCUCUCUGUCCGCUCUUUCCUCUUUCCAUCACUUCCUCAUCUGCUCUUCCAUCCACUCACUGUGCGCAAUCAUCGCAUUCCCGUAGAGAUGGCCGUGCGGCUCCUGGUGGAGCGAAUCUGCACCUUCUUCCGCCCUCUCAGCCCUGUCGACGUGGGCUUCACUGAGCUGACCUCUUCCACUACUUCUAUCUUCGAUUAUUCUGAGAAAACGAGCUCUUCUCCUGCUGUAGAACAACUGCUGCAGAGGCAGCAACAAGCCAAAAUCUCCCUUUAUCAAAACUUCCUCAUUGGACCUUCACAAGCCAAACCAGAGUCGAAGAGCGACUCUCCUCUCCAAAAGGCCACUACCUCAAAUAAACUGGGUAAACAAUUCACCCCUACCAGUCUUCCUCACGGCAUGUCCUCCGCUGGGGCAGCUACUACCACAAAUGCUAUUGAGCCUUCUAAGCUUGUCACCCUUUCGUUUGACGAGCGAGAAACCCCUCCGUCAGGUCAAAGCUCUGUUGUGAAGAUCAGCACUUCUUUCUCCUGGAGGGGCCGUCUCCAGCAUAAAAGCUCUAGGGGCUUUGCUUUGGUCAAAAAUGCGUUUCGCCAUCGCCGAUCCUUACCGAUGCAGCCCCCUACUGAGCUGCCGACAAACUCAGUUAUGUCACAACUCAAAUUCGGACCCGAUGGUGAUGACGAUGGAAAUUCAAUUGUUUCCAUGAAAGUGGUCCCACCCAGUACCACUGCUUCCAGUACCACCAUCGUAGGGCCAUCAACCUCGUCAGGAGAGCCGUCUGAGCCUAGGAAAGUAAGCGAUCAGACAGUCAAGUCUGAUACUUCCUAUGGAAGUGGCGACACGGUACAUCAUCGGCCUUCUAGAAAGGCAAGCUCUCCUAUUGCUCCUGCUGAUCAGGAUCCUCUGGGCGUAUGCAUCCAGCCUGCGCCACCAGUCGCCAGAUCGUCUGCUUCGAUCAAAGCUGCGCAACUUGCAGCCGGAAUACCACCUUCUCCAACAAGUCCGAAUAGCGAUUUUAUUCCCGGUUUUCCUGAAAUCGGCCCUGUUAGCACUUAUAUUUCUGAAAACUCGGACUACAACCCACCUACUGUACCGACCCUGCGACGGUACAUGCUUCACCAGCGACUAUUCUCCGAUACUGGAAUCGAGCUACGCCAUCAAAGGGCAUUGCGAGACUUUAACGAUCUUGCCGGACGUCUUGGUCUAUAUCGUCUAGUUGUACCUGAACGUGACCCAAUCAACUUCAAAAGUGAGACUCCGAUUACACCUCCGAAACCAUCUAAAAAGAAAUCCUUCCUCCACAAAGUUCGGAGUAUGCGUUCCAGCUUUCGUCUCAGAGGAGCAACCAAAGACACACCCGCGUUACGUCGUGUAAAGACCUUCACCGGUCUGUCUGCUCGCUUUUAUUCCAUGGACUCACUUAAAGGAAAAAGUCUUGAAAUAUUAUCUCGCUUGGGGGGCCACAGUACCCUCACAUUUCCUGGGGACUUCAGUCCUGCGGUGAUGAGACUUCCAUCUUGCCUGGUAUCAAUGAUUGACUACUUGAAAAUUCAUGCUCCAAAAGCCCGAAACGUUUUCUUCGAACCUGGAGACUCAUCCACUGCCUUCCGGAUUUACAAUCACUUUGCCGACCAGGUACUCUCAGCAGAGAGAGAGAAAUAUACCAUUCACAGUACUAUACGGAAAUCCGGAUUCCCUGCAGAGGUUGUGGGCUUUGGAAAUGAAGAGGAAACUUUUUUGAGUAGACGGUUCCAUGUUCUUCCCGUGGCGUGGGUGUUCAAAUAUGUUCUUGCGGGCAUACCGGGUGGUAUCCUAGGAUCGCCCCGCCUGUACCUCACACUUGUCGACAUCACUUACAAACCCUUUCCCGACGAAGCAAACCUACACGUCACCGGGAUAUAUGGACUCUAUGGGGGCACACCCGCUACAUCCUGGACGAGAAACCGAGCAAUCUCAUUGGCGAUUUUAGCAUUGACCGACGAUCUACAAUUAGAUUUGAUAUGUGCCGUGUUUGGCCUGUGUACCUUGCUUGACUAUGAAACAAGUCGGCAGAUUGAGUUUAAUCAGAUGCACGACCCGGUGAUUGGAUGCACCGGAAUGUUAACUCGCGAGCGAAUCGUUCAGGCUUUUGCGCCAUUGUUGUCCGAGUUGACAGCCACUGUUGGCGAAGACGAUGUUCAGAGCGAGGCGUUUUACGUGAUGAGAAUGAUGAUGGCAAAUUGGCGGGGGGUAAGCCGACAGCUCCAUGAUCUUGAUGUGUAAGGAGUGUCUGAUAAGGGAACAUUGAAAUUGUUUGUGUUGAAUUAUUGGUGUCAGAAUAUUGAUUAUGGAUCGGUAUAUAA